CCGAGGGUCACAAGAUGCUGAGCGUUUAGCUCACUUGCUGCCCACUCCUACCAGCCCCAGGGGACACACCCAGGGUCCCGCCCGUGUCUCUCCUCUGCGGCAACCCUGUGUUCUCCACCUCAGAGGGCUUGCCUCGCUCGGGCCUGAUCGCCAAGUCCCUGUGUAGUUUCAACCCCCCAGACACCUCCUCACAGCUUCGCUGGCUUUUCCUCGGCACCUCCCUGCGUCUGCCGCUGUGGUGGCCCCUGCUGAGGGUGGGGACUGGCAGGGUCCAGGGGAAGGAGGACCAGCCCUGCCCUCACUGGGUACAGAGGAUGUACCCUCACUGGGGAAGGGCUCCUGCCAGAAGGGCAUCCUGUGCAAGGGGCAGGGGGCCACGGUGGAGUGCGGGUCCGGCCAGGAGAGCAUUUGGAGGGUGUGGAUUUGACAUUGCUGCUCAGGAGAGCCCUGGUGCUUGGUCAGAGGAGCUCUGUCUUCUCUCCUUUCAACAACACCCAGAGCGCCCAAGGGGUCAGAGGGCAACGUGAGGUUCCCAUCGGAGGCUUAAUCACGUCUGGAUCUCAUGCAGGGUGGGAUAAACAUGCUUUUCCUGGGAGACCCGGGUGUUACCUGGGGGGUAUGCCGAGGUCCCACAAGGAAUCUAGCCUGGAGCUUCUUGUCCUUGGGCCCAAGAAUCUCAAGUUUCACCAAGUAACCCCCUCCCACCUCCACCCCAUUCCACAGCCCAGAGCUGGUCAGGGACAGAGGGAGGGUUAGUGCUGGGAACCCCUGACCUCACCCCGCCAGCCCGGAUUCCCUGGUGCAAGCUCUGCACUCCCCCUCCUGGCGGGCUGAGCUGGGUGCUGUUGUCCCGAUGGUGACACGGAGCAGGAGGGGAUCCUUUGAAUAGCCUCCGCUUCCGUCCCCUCCCAACCUUCCUGCCCGCGGUGUCUGUCUCUCUCUCUGGUGUUUGGUUGACCUGUUCUCUACUCUCCUCCUCCCGACUGCGUGAGGACCCUGCUCUGGACAGGAGCUUCCUUCGGGGUUCCCGCCUGCCGCACCUGCUCGUGGCCGCCGACUAGGCCGAGCACGCCGGGGUCCGCACCUACUUCUUCAGCGCCGAGAGCCCUGAGGAGCAGGAGGCCUGGAUCCAGGCCAUGGGGGAGGCUGCCCGGGUACAGAUCCCCCCAGCCCAGAAGUCUGUGCCCCAAGCUGUGCGUCUCAACCACGAGAAGCCAGACUCGGAGGACACCCCACCCAGCCAACACCACCACCAGCCGCCUCACAACAGCUUCCCCAACCCGGAGCCGGAGGCCAAGACUCGAGGGGAGGGCGAUGGCCGGGGCUGCGAGAAGGCGGAGAGGAGGCCCGAGAGGCCCGACAUCCAGAGCGAGCCUCUGGUGAAAGCCAACGGCAUCCAAGCUGGGCCGGAACCAGCCUCAGAGCCAGGCAGCCCUUACCCGGGGGGCCCCAGGGUCCCCGGGGGCGGGGAGCGGCCCCCCCAGCCCAACGGCUGGCAGUACGGCUCCCCAAGCCGGCCAGGGAGCACAGCUUUCCCGCCCCAGGACUCAGAGAGUGGGGGACGCCGGCCGAGCUUCCCCCCACAUGCCAACCCCGACAAGAUUGCCCAGCGCAAGAGCUCCAUGAGCCAGCUCCAGCAGUGGGUGAACCUGCGUCGGGGGGUGCCUCCCCCCGAAGACCUUCGGAGUCCCUCAAGGUUCUACCCCGUGUCCCGCAGGGGCCCUGAGUAUUGUGGCCCCUACUCCUCCCCGUUCCCCGACGAUUACCAGUACUACCCGCCGGGCGUGCGGCCGGACAGCAUCUGCUCCAUGCCCGCCUACGACCGCAUCAGCCCGCCCUGGGCCCUGGAGGACAAGCGCCUCUCCUUCCGCAACGGGUGCUACGGGCGGCAGGACGGCACCGUCUGGAUCCCCAGCCCCUCCCGGCAGCCCGUCUAUUACGAUGAGCUGGACGCUGCCUCUGGCUCCCUGCGCCGCCUGUCCUUGCAGCCCCGGUCCCACUCUGUGCCCCGCUCGCCCAGCCAAGGCUCCUACAGCCGCACCCGCAUCUACUCCCCCGUCCGCUCGCCCAGCGCCCGUUUUGAGCGGCUGCCGCCUCGCAGUGAGGACAUCUACGUGGACCCCACCGCCUAUGUGAUGAGACGAUCCAUCAGCUCGCCCAAGUAUGAUUACCUGGGAGACAGGCGGCCAGUCCCUGCAGGACUGUACCCCUACAACUACCCACCACCCCCCACGGUUCACGAUAAGAUGGAUGAACUUUUAGACCUUCAGUUGCAAAGAAACCUAGAGUAUUUGGAUCAGCAGAUGAGUGAGAGUGAGACUCUGAUCAGUAUGGUGAACCGCAUGGUGGAGAGCUCCUCCCCCAGGGCCCAGCUCUUCAUGCAAGUCCCUCCGUACCCAGAAGUGUUCCGGGACAGCGCCCACACCUACAAGUUAAACGAGCAGGAUACAGACAAGUUGCUGGGCAAAUUGUGUGAGCAGAACAAGGUGGUGAGGGAGCAGGACCGGCUGGUGCAGCAGCUCCGAGCUGAGAAGGAGAGCCUGGAAAGUGCCUUGAUGGGGACCCACCAGGAGCUGGAGAUGUUCGGGAGCCAGCCCGCCUACCCAGAGAAGCUGCUGCACAAGAAAGAGUCCCUGCAGAACCAGCUCAUCAACAUCCGGGUGGAGCUGUCUCAGGCAACCACGGCCCUGACCAACAGCACCACGGAGUACGAGAGCCUGGAGUCGGAGGUCUCUGCCCUGCACGACGACCUCUGGGAACAGCUCAACUUGGACAUCCAGAACGAGGUGCUCAACCGGCAAAUCCAGAAGGAGAUCUGGAGGAUCCAGGACGUGAUGGAGGGGCUCAGGAAGAAUAACCCGUCCCGGGGCACGGACACGGCCAAGCACAGAGGAGGCCUUGGCCCCUCGACCACCUACAGCUCCAACAGCCCUGCCAGCCCUCUCAGCUCCGCCAGCCUCACCAGCCCCCUGAGCCCCUUUUCCCUGGUGUCUGGCUCUCAGGGCUCCCCCACCAAGUCCGGGUCCAAUGAGGAGCCCGGCCCACCGCGGCCCCCCCUCCCCAAAGCCUACGUGCCCCUGGAGUCUCCUCCCACCGUGCCUCCACUCCCUAGCGAGAGCCACUUCUGGCCAUACCCCAACUCCCCUUCCUGGCACUGCAGUGGCGAGACCGCCAGGGGCCAGCCCAAGGCAAGCUAUGACCCAAGCAAGAGAGAGUCCCACCAGACUUCACCCCCGGACACGUCUAGGGACAUCAGCCUCGUGCCGACCCGGCAAGAGGCAGAGGCAGACAAGCAGACAGCUCUCAACAAAGUUGGCAUUGUGCCCCCGCGGACAAAGUCGCCCGCUGAGGAAGAGGUGAACCCUGCAGGGGUGGUGAGGAGGAAUGCUAACGGGCUCCCCAAUGGCCUCUCUGCCCGGCAGGAGCGCCCCAAGAGCGCGGUGUUCCCGGGCGAGGGCAAGGUGAAGAUGAGCGUGGAGGAGCAGAUCGACCGCAUGCGGCGCCACCAGAGCGGCUCCAUGAAGGAGAAGCGGAGGAGCCUGCAGCUUCCCGCCAGCCCUGCCCCCGACCCCAGCCCCCGGCCAGCCUACAAAGUGGUGCGUCGUCACCGCAGCAUCCAUGAGGUGGACAUCUCCAACCUGGAGGCCGCCCUGCGGGCGGAGGAGCCUGGCGGGCAGGCCUACGAGACGCCGCGGGAGGAGAUCGCCCGGCUUCGCAAGAUGGAGCUGGAGCCCCAGCACUACGACGUGGACAUCAACAAGGAGCUCUCCACCCCCGACAAAGUCCUCAUCCCUGAGCGGUACAUCGACCUGGAGCCGGACACGCCCCUGAGCCCCGAGGAGCUGAAGGAGAAGCAGAAGAAGGUGGAAAGGAUCAAGACGCUCAUUGCCAAGUCCAGUAUGCAGAACGUGGUGCCCGCCGGCGAGGGGGACCUUGUGGACGUGCCCCAGGACUCAGAGAGCCAGCUGCAGGAGCAGGAGAAGCGGAUUGAAAUCUCCUGCGCCCUGGCGACCGAGGCCUCCCGCAGGGGCCGCAUGCUGUCUGUGCAAUGCGCCACCCCAAGCCCUCCCACCUCCCCUGCCUCCCCGACUUCACCAGCCAACCCCCUCUCGUCUGAAUCCCCACGGGGCACCGACAGCAGCCAUGCCAUGCGGGUCUGAGCUCGGACUGCAAGCCCUGGCGGAGGCCACCGCCGCCGCGAAGCUCCACAGAGCCACCUCCUGAAGCCCUCCGCGAGGCCCCGGCCCCUCCCCGGCCCGGCCCCCCGCUCUCCUGGGAAAACUGCGAAGAGCCAGGCUGAGGACCAGGCUGCUGCCGCCGAGCGGAGAACAGAGCACGGAUGCUUCGGCCCCAAAGCCCUCGCUGCUCAGACAGGUCCCUCCGGUCCUGAGCCUGGGCCUGAGACGGAGCAGAAAGCAUCCUGUCCGAUGCCCACGUCACAGGGCGCCCAGGCCUGAUGGCUGGGGUGUGAUGGCCCUACUGGAACAUUCCCUGAUGGAGGAGAUGCCCUGGUGGGGAAGAUGCUCUGGACCAUCUUAGGUUAGGACGAGAGGUGAGGAGCAGAGGGACACUCUGCCUCUUCCCACCCUCCUUGACACCAAGGACAGCACCUGCCAUCAUCCCCUCCCCGUCAUCCCCCACCCCCCAUGGCCCCCGCUGUGCCCGGGGCUGUGAUCCCUGCUAUGGGUGCCCUUUGCGGUCCCGUGGAGACUAACCACCCUGUCCGAGCCAAAGACAAGAUGACAAGAGAUGGGGC